AUGUUAUCUAGAAGACUGUGCAUUCCUUCCAAUUACUCAUCCUUGUGUAUUUCACGGUCCAUGUCUCUUCCAUCCCACAAUCCAUAUUUCCAAGUUGGCGGCAAGGACAUUUGGUCUUUGAUCAACGAAACGGCAGCUGCUGCCGAGCAGGAAUCUGGCCGCAAGAACGCUAACCUUGGCCAAGGGUUCUUUUCGUACUCUCCUCCCGACUUUGCGAUCGAGGCCGCCAAGAACGCUCUGGACGUUGCUGGCAACAACCAGUACGCUCCGGCCAAAGGACGGCCCAGCCUGGUGCAAGCGAUCAUCGACACCUACUCUCCAGCGUACGGCAGACAGCUGACCAAGGACGAGGUUUUGGUCACCACGGGGGCCAAUGAGGGCAUGCUGUCGUGUUUCUUUGGGUUCAUUGCGCCGGGAGACGAGGUGAUUGUGUUCGAGCCGUUUUUCGACCAGUACAUCUCCAACAUCGAGAUGCCUGGUGGAAAAGUCAAGUAUGUGCAAUUGCACCCGCCAGCGGACUUUGACAAGCGCACCGUGAGCGGCGACGAGUGGACGAUCGACUGGAACGAGCUGGAGGCUGCCAUCUCGCCAAAAACAAAGAUGAUCGUGCUCAACACCCCGCACAACCCGAUCGGCAAGGUGUUCAACAAACAGGAGCUGCAACGGAUCGGCGACCUGGCCGUGAAACACAACUUCCUGAUCCUGUCGGACGAGGUUUACGAGAACCUGUACUACAAUGACUUCACAAGAGUCGCUCUGUUGAGCCCGGAGAUCGGGAAAAGAACAGUCACCGUUGGCUCUGCCGGUAAAACGUUUGCUGCCACGGGCUGGCGUGUUGGCUGGCUGAUCGGAGACAAGGAGGUGAUCCAGUACUGCGCUUUGGCCCACACACGGAUCUGUUUCAGUACACCAAACGUGAUGCAAGAGGCCACUGCCCAGGCGCUUCAAUUGGCAAGAACCAACGAUUACUACGAAAAAACCAGAAAAGAGUAUAUCAACAAGUAUAAAAUCUUUACGGCUGUGUUUGACGAGCUGGGAUUGCCAUACACGGUGGCAGACGGAGGAUACUUCCUAUUGGUGAAUCUCAAAAAGGUGGAGAUCCCCAAGGACGCUGAACUUCCUAAGGAGAUCGAGCACAAGCCUCGCGACUUCAAACUUGCGUUCUGGCUCAUCAAGCAGUUUGGUGUGGUUAGUAUCCCACCUUCCGAGUUCUAUCUGCCUGGGAACGCACACGUGAUCGAGGACUGUCUUCGUUUUGCUGUUUGUAAGGACGAUUCGGUGCUGGAGGAGGCAGUCGAGAGACUGCGGUUGCUCAAGGCUUAUAUCAAAUAG